AUGAGGACGGCCAUUGCAAACACACAUGUUGUCCUAAAUUUUGCUAUCAUGCCGGGUCUGAUCCUAAUCCCUUCGGAUCUAAGGAUUUUAAUGAAACCUAUUCCAGGAUUCAGCAACGUUCUAACGGUAGCUAAGAAUGGUAUGAUGUUUCGAAAAAAUGAGAAGGUAAACUACACUAAUGAUGACUCCAUCCCUACUCCUACCCAUACGAGUAAUACAGGUGAAAGUCGUACUAUUAGACCAAUUCCAACUGUAGAGGAUUUUAAAUCCCCGGAAUUGAGGCAGAAGUCUGAUACCCAGAAUAUUGCCCUCGGUACAGCAGCGGUAGCAUCCUUGCUUGCAGCGGUAGCAUCCUUGCUUGCGGCUUGCAUAACUGGUAUUUCGGCGUUAAAUAAAAAUGAGCAUCUUAUUCGAGUACGAUUACUUCGACACAGUAACAGAGGACCUAAACACCCUGAAACGGAGGUUAACGACAACCGAAAAUGUACAACAAGGGAACACAGCGGAAAUAGUUACACAUACUAA